CCCCACGCCGCCGCCGCCGCCCAUGGAGCCGCCGCCCGCCGCCGCCUGAGCCACGUGCGCCGCCGCCGGGCACCCUUCCCGGCGGCGCCGUCACAGCGAUGGGCAGGAGCCGGCCCGGGGGCUCCCCGCACGCCGCACGCUGCCCGGCCCGGCCCAGCGCUCGGGGUGCCGCGUCCCGCCGCCGCCCCCCCGCCUGAGCCCCGGCCCCCCACCACCGCCGCCAGCCCCGCUCCCGUCGGCUCCAUGGCGCCGGCCGCCCGCGCCGCGGGGGGCUCCUGAAGGGGAGUCCCGGCUCGGCGCGCGGGGGACGGAGCCCGCGGAGACGCCGCCUCGGAGCAGCCGCCGCGUGCGGCAUGGGGAGGCCUUUGGCGGCCCCGCGAGCAUCGCUGCCGCCCUGGCCCUGCUGAGCCCCUGAGCGCCCCCCCCCCCCCCACGCACAGCCCCCCCCCCACGCAGGGCGGCGAGAGGCAGGGGCCUCCCCCGCGGGCCCGCAGCCAAGAUGGUGAUGUCCCAGGGCACCUACACUUUCCUCACCUGCUUCGCCGGCUUCUGGCUCAUCUGGGGCCUCAUCGUGCUGCUGUGCUGCUUCUGCAGCUACCUGCGGCGGCGCAUGAAGCGGCAGCAGGAGGAGCGCCUGCGGGAGCAGAGCCUGCGCACGCUGGAGCUGGAGCCCCUGCACUACGAGGGCUACGCCGGCAGCCCCCCCGGCAUCGCCAUCCCCCACCGGCUCCGCGUCGAGCCCCACCACCCCCACAUUCCUCCCCCGCGGCCCUGGAGCUGCCGGCACGAGUCGGACCUGUCGAAGCCGCCGUGCUACGAGGAGGCGCUGCUGAUGGCGGAGCCGCCCCCGCCGUACAGCGAGGUGCUCAUGGACACGCGGGGGCUCUACCGCAAGAUCAACGCCCCCUUCCUGAGCCACGAGCGGCUGGAGAAGCAGGAGCAGCCCCCCAGCUACAAGCCCCUCUUCCUGGACACGGGCUACGGCUCGGCGCUGCACCUGCCCCGCGCCGCCAGCCCGGGGCCGGCCUGCCCGGACCUCUACCUGCAGGCCGAGUGCUCCCAGCGCAUGUUCCCCAGCUGGACGGACUCGGAGCUCAGCAGCAGGGACGCCUACGAGCCGGGGCCCUGGCACCUCCCCGUCUCCAUGCCCCUCUUCGGCAGGACUACGGCCGUGUAGGGGGGGGAGCCGCGGCGGGCGGCCCCCCCCCACCCACCCCCCCCCAGCUCCGGGGCCGGGCCCCCACCGGCCGGGGGCGGCGGGCUUCAGCCUCCCGCUUUUCCCGGGAAUGCCAAAUCCAGCCACCUCUCCCCCCGACACCCACCCCGGCGAGCCGGGACGGGCCCGGCGCCCCGGCCCGCGCCGCCGCCAGCGCGAGAGGGGCUGGUUCCCCACCUGGCCCCCUGCCGCGCGGCUGGGGGGCUCGGAGCUGGGCCCGGACUCUGCUCUGUUUCUUAUCUUGUUUGUUACGGUUUGAGAAUAAAAGUUUGUGGACGCG